UCACGUUUUCCUGCUUUUGUUUUGAAACUAAAAAAACAUCAUAUAAUCGCUAGAUAAUUGAAGAAUGGCUAAGUAGAUCUGAUCGUGGUUCAUCUUCAUCCUCUCUCCGAUAUUUCAGAAUUAGCUAUUUAAUUUUUGAUUAAAUUUUUAGUAGCUCAGUAAUCCCGGAAAAUAGUUAGUUGUCGAUUGCAGUUAUGGCGUUUCCAUGGAUGUUAUCGAGCAGCUUAGCAUUAUCUUCGUCAUCGAAUUUUUCAUGGACACUACCCAAAUUUCAGUUCCAUCCUUCCACACGGAGCGUGAAUUGCAUCUGUAAUUGUGGAUUAUCUGCUGAAGAUGAUUUGAAAUUUGUGCUUCAUGAUGCGCUUGAUUUUUCCGGCAUCGAUACGGCCCACGCGAGGGUUUUUUUUCUUCUUUUUCUAAUACAUUUCUUAUAUCCAGCAGCAAGGGUUGGUUUUUGCUCGCAGAUAAAAAGAUUCUCCGACCUUGAGAGAGGAACAAGUAUUACUAUAAAUAGAGGAGUUGAUUUAGCCAGAGCAGCUCUUCAAAUUGCAGCUGAAGACGAUGCCCUUAUCUCUCACUCUUCUGUUCCGCUUCCAGUUGAUGAUUUCAUUGAUAGAUUGGAUAACCUUUCUAUGGGCUAUUGCUCUCAAUACAGCUCCUCAUUUAGAUCCACACCAGAAAAAUUUCUUGACUGUUUAGAAAGAUAUCUAUACCUCAAUAAAGGUUUCCGAAGAACAAGUACCAGAAACCAUGUUGAGCACCGUGCUCUGUAUCUGAAUUCAGUCUUAACACAUCGUUCUGGCUCUGUUUCAAUGCUCUCUCUUAUAUACUCAGAGAUUCUAAAGAUGCUUCGCAUCUGGGGUGUCCUGAAUUUUGAUGUGGAAAUCUUCUUUCCUCGUGAUUCACAUAGUUCUCCAAGAGGAUAUCUAAAACAAAAGAGCAAAGAAUCCGAUCAAUCACAUAUUCUGACAUCACAAUCUUUAUUAGUGGAGAUACUGAAUGAUUUAAAGAAUGCUUUCUGGCCAUUUCAACUUAAUCAUGCUAGGAGUCCAUUUCUAAGGGCUGCAGAAGCAGCUCACUGUGUCACUGGUUCCAACAAUGCUAAAGAAAGUGCCUCACAGCUUGCCUCUUCCAAGGCUGCCCGCCAUCGGCUGCAACGAGGUGUUUGGACUAGUGUUCAUUUUGGAGAUAUGCGUCGUGCAUUAUCAGCGUGUGAACGCCUUAUUUUACUUAAGCAUGACCCUAAAGAUCUGAGAGACUAUGCUGUUCUCCUCUACCAUUGUGAAUAUUACGAGGAAGCACUGCAGUUCCUUAAGCAUUACCAGGACACAAAGCAGCAAUCUGGUUCGGACAUCGAAAUUGAGGAAGACGCUGUGGAGAAACUUGUCGUACGGCUAAACCUGAUCUUGAUGGAGGUUGGUUGGUCUAGAAAGCCAGAGCAUAGAAAUAUCCUUUUUAACAACUCUGAACCAUGGUAAUAUUCAGGUUCCAUCUUAUGUAGUAAAUGUUGUACUAAGUUAAUGUAUAUCUAUCAUAUAUCCUUGUAAUUGUAUAGCUGAUCAGUUAAUAUGUAUAUGCAACAUGCAUCGGAAAUGGUUCAAAUGAGAGCCUUCUUAUUUUGAGAACUAA